AUGUUGCAUGAAAGUAGAGCCAAGUGCAACACUCACAGAACGUUUGCUUGGCAGCUGAGCGGGUGGCGUUGGUGGGCAAUUUGGCUAUUGUUUGAGCUCGCCGCUUUUAUAUGCGCUCGAACGUCGUCUAAAAACUCAAUCCACAAACGAAUGCAUCGACUUCCUUCUGGCAGGCGGAAGACAUGCGAUCAAAGGUGCGAAUCCGCAUUGGAGCGGAGUGAUAGAUGGGUCUUUUCGUGUGGGAACAGGUUAACACAAAGGUUGAUGAUUGUCUGCUUUUCAUCGAUAUUUCCAUACACGAGAUCUGAGCCAUUUAAUUAUAGAGAAUAUGCAGCUCGAAUAGGUAUCCGUUGUCCACCACGUUACUUCGAUUGUGACCUCUCCCUUCGUCUUCCAAUCUGUAUACCAAUGAUGGCGCUAAGAAACUGUACCGCUGAAUGCCCCAAUCGGUCCGAUGAAAAAUGUGGUUUCGGCCAAAUUCUUUGCGAUACGAGGACCCGGGGAUAUCCUUGCGGAAAAUGUGUUCGACCAGAAGAAGCGAAGGUGAAGUGUAAAGACGUAAGAUGGAAAGCCCUAUGUGAUGUGCCAGGAACUGUGAAAUGCGCCACUACAGAAAACUGCGUCUACCCGUCAUGGAUCAUGGAUGGUAAGGAUGACUGUGGGGAUGGCAGCGAUGAAGAGCCUUGCCGUCUAUUCGUCUGCAAUGUCGAAACUCUGCCUACGACAACUACCACAACUACCACCACCACAACCACUACGACGACGACAACAACAACUUUACCCACACGGCCAGCAAAUGCAUCUCAUGUUCUCGAUGGUUAUCAGGACUGUUACGAUAAUAGUGAUGAAAAAUACUGUGAGAUGAUGUCCGAGCAGUGCCCGCUCCAGGCCCCUUGCAGUUUCCAGCCAGACAUUGUAUCUUUUGGAUGCGGCUGUCCCGGAGGAAAGCCCAAUGCGAGAGGAAUUUGCGAGCCUCUCGAAGAUAAAAAUUGA